UCUUUCUUCACAUACAGCGUGUGAAUAGAAAAGGCUUUUGGGUGUCUCCUUAAAAGAGGCCAAACACGUCCUUAUGUAGUACUUCAUAGCUAACAGUGACCCCCUCCGCUUCCCUUCCAUUUUCUUGAUCAACUUUUAUUCAGAAAAGCAAGAGUAUAAGAAAAAGGGAUUGUCAUUUGUAGAGAGCGGAAAAAACUAUGUCUCUGGGGUAUGCAGAGAAGCUUUCUUAUAUAGAAGACGUGGGCAAAGUUGGAAUGACUGAGUUUUUUGAUCCCCCUCAUGUUUUGCAAGAAAAAAUUGAACGACUCAGCAUGAUUAUCAAGAGGAGUAAGCACUUAGUGGUAUUUACAGGAGCAGGAAUAUCCACUUCUUGUGGCAUACCAGACUUUCGUGGGCCCAAAGGCAUUUGGACACUUCAGCGCCAAGGCAAAGCCUUGCCAGAAGCAUCUCUACCUUUCCAUCGUGCAAUGCCAAGCGUAACUCAUAUGGCAUUGGUUGGAUUAGAGAAGGCUGGAAUCCUGAAGUUUCUUAUAAGCCAGAAUAUUGAUGCCCUUCAUCUACGUUCCGGAAUACCAAGGGAAAAACUUUCUGAAUUGCAUGGAAACUCCUUCAUGGAACUAUGUCCAUCCUGUGGAACUGAGUAUUUGAGGGAUUUUGAAGUUGAGACCAUUGGACUGAAGGAGACUUCACGGAAUUGUUCCAAGGCAGGCUGCACCUCAAAACUGAGGGACACAGUUCUUGAUUGGGAGGAUGCUUUGCCGUCAAAAGAGAUGGGUCCAGCAGAGAGGCAUUGCAAAAUGGCUGAUGUUGUACUAUGUUUAGGAACAAGUUUGCAGAUUACGCCUGCAUGUAAUUUGCCUCUAAAGUGUCUACGGGGUGGGGGUGAGAUUGUAAUUGUGAAUCUUCAGGAAACGCCAAAGGACAAGAAAGCAAGUUUGGUGAUCCAUGGACCUGUAGACAAGGUGAUUGCUGGAGUCAUGAACACGCUCAAUUUGCAUAUCCCUCCUUUUGUUAGAAUUGAUCUUUUUCAGAUUGUUUUAACUCAAAGCUUGAGUCUAGAUAAAAAAUAUGUGAACUGGAAUCUCAGGGUAGAGAGUGUGCAUGGGAAGAAAGCUCCAUUACCUUUUGUUGAAUCUGUCAAGGUCUCCUUCUCUGAAAGUCUAAAUAUGAAGGCAGCAGUUCUAGAUAAGCAACCACUUGAUCUGAAAAGGAGGACCGUGAGGACUGUAACGCCUUUUGAAAUUCAGUUGAAACUGAACUUUAGCGCUGGUUGUAAGUGUUCAUGCACAGAGCUCAAGAUUCCAGUUGAUUUUGAGGUUUCAAAAGAAUGUUUUAAGGAAGAUAAGGACACCGUAUUUCAGAAACUAAGAGAUAAAGCCAUUGAGGAUCCACGUUGUGGGCAGACGGCAGUUGUCGAGAGGAAAGCUGUUUUAGCACCCAAAAGUGAUGUCAUGAUCCAUGCAGUAGUUACUGAUAUUGUUGAAUUUGAAAGUUCCUCUGGACCUUUUGAAGUCUCUACUCGUAGUAAUGGCUCAUUGAAAAUGCGCAAUGAAGGUAAAUAUGACGAAAGGACAACUGGUAAGCGAUCAAAGGUGCAAAAGCACGAUAAUUCACAUCGUAGGUGAUUCAGUUCUGGUAGAGUUUCGUAGACAUAUAGAAAGGAUUUUGUUCGUUUUUCUAAGCCCAAUUUGUAGGAGGAGAUGUUGAAGUGUAGGGGCUGGAUUUUUUUUUGCAAUCAGUUUGCCAGAUGGUAGGGAUAUGAAAAUUCAGCAACAGUGAAAAGACUGUAGUUUAAGAAUUGCAGAAACCAAAUGAGAAGAUAUUAGUUUCCAUA